GGGUCGGGGCUGGUACUCGCCGCGCCACGGCCACGGCCACGGCCGCUCCGGGGCUCGGCGGCCAAGGCAGGCUCCAAAGUGCAAGUGCAAGCUCAGUCAAUGUGUCAAUGUUCAGGCUCGACGGAGGGAUAGUUAGAAGCGAGCAAGCAAGCUCAGCAUCAUAUCAUACUCAUAGCAAAUCAUAGUUUUUGACGACUUGAUAGUGGUGGCAGUGCAGAGCAUGCUGAGCUGGGCAGACCAAGCUUUACCAUAAAUAAUGCUGCGAUGUGAUUGAGAGACUGAAAUCAACUAAUUACUUAGACAGGAAUAACCGUCGUUUCUGGGGAUUUAUAACAAUUUCUGACAUCGCAGUUAAUCGGAACAACCAAAAUACAGAGACUGAAGCUUUUGGUCUACCAAUUACUGAUUUAUAGCCAGUCGAGUUCCGGGCAGGACUACGGUAUUGCAACAGCUUAGUAUCAGGAUAUUCAUUAUGAAUGAUGCUACAAGAAAACAGCUUGAAUCCUAUCUGGAUAAAUGUGAAUCAGAACUGGAUCGGGUCAUGAAUUUUUGGCUUACAAACUCUCAUGAUGAUGAACAUGGUGGAUUCUUUGUGUGUCUUGGAAGGGAUGGAAAGGUGUAUGAUGAAACAAAGUAUUGCUGGCUUCAAGGCAGACAGGUUUGGUCAUACUGCAAACUGUACAAUAACAUCCCCAAAUAUCACACCGAAGAAAUACUUAACAUUGCUAAAAGAGGAGGUGAGUUCUUAAUGAAAUAUGUGAAGAAUCCAGAAAACUACAAAUGUUUCUUUGCGGUCACCAGAACAGGGGAACCAAUAAAGAUUCAACGAACCAUCUUCAGUGAGUGCUUCUACAUGAUUGCUAUGGCAGAACUGGCAAGAGCAACAGGCGAUGCAAAAUACAAGACUGAAGCGAUAGCAAUGAUGGACCACCUCCAGCACUGGGUGAUGGUGGAUGACACAACUCUAGGGCGCCCUCGCCUGUCCGGUUCACCUCCAGUUAACACACUAGCAGCAGCUAUGAUCUUCAUCAUACUGGUUGAGGAGUUAGCUUGGGAUGAUGCGGAACUGAGAACAAAGUAUGCUCCACUCGAAGAAUGGAGUCUCAAACAGACUAUGCAGCAUAUACAGAGAAAUGGUGAGGUUGUACUGGAAGUUGUUAGUACAGAGGGCAAUGAACUUUCCGGUUCUCAAGGACGUGUCAUGAAUCCAGGUCAUGCUAUAGAGACUGGUUGGUUCCUGCUGCAGUUCGCUAAGAAGCGCAAUAGACCAGAGCUCCGUGACAUUGCCAUCUCACAGUUCAUGGUCAAGCCCUUCUUGACCGGAUGGGACAAGGAAGAUGGUGGAAUAUUCUACUUCUUGGAUGCCGAUGGUCUCUCUCCCACACAGCUGGAGUGGAAUAUGAAGUUAUGGUGGCCUCAUAAUGAAGCUCUGAUUGCAUUCUUGAUGGCUUACAGGGAUACCAGAGAACAACAGUACCUGGACUACUUCCAGCAGGUCUGGGACUACACCAUGAAACAUUUUGUAGAUCCAGAUCAUGGAGGAUGGUAUGGAUAUUUGUCAAAGCAAGGAGUCGUCAGUCAAGAUUUCAAAGGAGGACCUUGGAAAGGGUUCUUCCAUGUACCUAGAUGUCUGUUCAUGUGUAUUGAGAUGCUGAAAGAAAUCCUUAAGUAGAUCUACCUCAAAAAGAGAUGAAACAAGACUACAUCUUCAAUUUGUGAAGUACUUGCAUCUCCUCUUACAGCACUUUGAUUUGUUGGGUAUUUUCAUUGAGAAAUUUUGUUUAAUGAAAGGGGAUAUUUGAAUAUUUGAAGGUUUUAACUAGAUCAUGUGUCUUAAAUGUACACUCAUUUUAGAAUGAAUGAAAGUCACUUGGGUCAAAAAACAAUGAUUUGGUAUGGAUUACACAAAUGAAAGCACCAUUCUGAUUGGUUGCUGCUUUGUGUCUUGAACAAAAUGCAAAUGUAACGAUAUUCUUGAUUGGCCAGUACAAUUUAAUAAUCGAUUGAAAAUCUUUGUGUUUGACAGAGCCCCAAUGACUUCCAGGUGAUACUAGGGUGAGUGUUAUUAAGAAGGGGCAUCUGUCUUUGUUGACUUCUGGGUUAUAUUUUAUUUCAGCCUGGAACCGCCAUGGGAAAGUCUUUGCAGACGUGUACUAAUUAAUUACCCAUUGUGGAAGCGAGAAAAGGGCACUCGGGAACAUAUUCACCACUGUGAAAGUUAAAGGGGAAUCCAGCCUUGGCCAUUAAAUGGUGUGUUGGGAAGGAGAAAAAUAAAUUAAACAGAAUGGUGAAAGUUUGAAAGUAAUCGGACAAGCAAUAAGAAAGUUAUAGCUGCUUUAAAAUUGAGAUCACUAUUCUAUGUAGAUUUCAAAUUGGCAACUGGGUAAGUAAAUUAUGACAAGGGGCAAAGACAACUUUCCCAUAGGCCAUGUACUUUAUUAUCAGGGAUUUGUGGUUUUUUCCUAAGUACACAUUCCCCUGGGAUAGUAAUCUAAAUAUAACCCAGGUAGUAUAUUGUUUUAUGUCCUCAUGAAAGAAAAAUAUGAUUUGAAAUAAAACUUUUGGGAAAAAUUAAAUUUUAGCCAUAAUAUGUAUUGGAGUACAUGGAAGAGUAGUCCUUGCCUUACAUCACUAUGACAUCCCAUAUGCGGCCAAUUUGAAGUCUCCAUGGGUAUAGUGAUUACCAAUAUUUACAACAUUAAAAAAUUCAUAACUUUCUUGUUCUUUGUCCAAUAUUGUUCAAACUUUCACCUAUCAACUUGUCUGAUUUUUCUUUUCCUUAUCAAAACAAGUUUUUAUUUGGGUUGCAUUCCCCUUUAAACAUACAACCAGAGUCCCCUGGGCGAUUCCUGUGAAAAAGAUGUGUAAAUGCCAACAGUUACGUUCAUCUUUUAAGGAUGGCAAAACAUUCUUAUCAAAGCGUCAAGGAUGAUUAGGUUCUCUGUGGGAUCACACUAAUUUUGAAGGGAGGAUCGCAUCAUCUGCGAUGUACUGCCAUAUUUCAUUCCUAUGUGCAUUUAUGGUUAUUGAAUGUGAUUCACUAAAGUACUGCGGUGAUGUGCAUGAUCGAUAAUGCAAAUGCAAAGUUUUUAGGUUAGACUUUGUUUAGUUGAUGUUUCUCUUAAUUAAUUUCUCUCCAGUAUUAUGACUUUCCUUUGUAGUGAAAAUUUGAUUAUUGCUAUAAUGUACAAUAAUUUCAACAUUCCGAUGAUGAAAUAAGUAGUAUUGUGACUAUAAAAUGAUAAUAUUAAAAAGUGUGUUUUUAUAUACCGGUAUAUAACUCUCAGGUCUGUCAAAUAUGACACUCCAAGGACUACAGAAUUGUUGUGAUGUGUGCAAUGUUUCUCACAAAAAUGAUUCUAAAUGUCUAAAUAUAUUUAAUUGAAUUUAGAAAUCUACUUUUUUAUGUCCAGACACUUUUUAUAUCACUUGCUUAUUAUGCAGUUAUUCUUAGUUUUGAUGCUCCUUUCUACAUGUGUACUAUGUUAUCAAACAUUUGUGUGUGGUUACCUACAUGUUACAUAUUCUUUUCAUGUGAGAUAUCAUGGCAUGAUAUGUCGUAAAGCCAUUUAUCUUUUAAGUUAAUCCAAAUAUAAAGGAACAAUAUUGCCUCAAUUUACUGAGAGAUAUCUUUUACGAUGGGAGAAUAAUCAUUAUUAACCUGAGAAUGAUAGCUGUUCACUUUAUUUUUCAAAUUUGUUCUUGAUAGUUUAUGUGAAGGAGAACUAAAUAACCUUACCAAAAUUCUGAGCCUUGUCUUACUGCAGAUUUUAAGAAGAAAAUAAUUUUUUUUCCCUUCCAAUUCUCAAGUAUCUCCACACACAAAACAAUAGUGGAUCGGGAAGACUGUCUUGAAAUCCUCUGUGCGGGAAAACUGAGGACUCUACUUUUGUUAAAGUUACUUAUAAUAGCCAGUUUGUAUUCGGUGUUCUAUUUGUCACAAAUAUUUGAAAGUUAUCCAUGGACCCUACUCUAGAUGACAAAGUACCCAAUCUUAUAGGCCCGAAUUCACAAAGGUGGUUUUAAAACCAUCGGUUGAACCCAUGGUUUAUGCAGAUUUCCUGUAUAAAAUAUGCCUAUUUACCACGCAUAUUAAAAAAUGUCCAUUGCUGAUGCACGCUUUUGUCACAGUGCGCCAAUUUGACGCCUGUUACCAUGGUUGUCCAUGCUAUGAGUCCACUAUUUUGAAUUAAUGAGUCCACUUUUCAAACAGUGGACUCAUUAAUAAAAUAGCGUACUUAACCAUGACAACAGGCGUCAAUUUGGCGCAAUGUGACAAAAGUGUGCAUCAGCAUUGAACACUUUUUGAUAUAUGCGGUAAAUAAGCAUAAUUUAUACCAGGAAAUCUACAUAAACCAUGGGUUUCAAAACCACCUUUGUGAAUUCGGGCCAAAAGGAGUACACUGAACACCAAAGGCAAAAGCUGCAGCAUCUGCCUAGAUUAUAGGUUAGGGAGCAUGUUACCAAUGUCAUGAUUCUAUGGACAAAGUCAGAUGCAUCGAUUUAUUCAUCAAAAGUAGGGUAUAGAUCUGUUUCAUUCAACGAUGAGGAAUUGUAAGGGUUGUUUUAAUGGGUGUGGUUGUUUGUGGGGUUUGUUUGGGAUCUUUGUGAUGGAUGGUUGAAGUUAAAAAAAUUGUAUCUUUGUAUUUUAAAUUUACUCUUCAAUUCUCUAUAUUUUGUUCAACCUUUAUAUCCCUGUAAUCAUGCAUUUUGUUGCCAUAUGAUAUUUGAACAGUCACUCUGUCAUAAGUGCAAUUAAAGUUAAAUGAGUGUAAAAUGUUUUGGAUAUUAGGAAGUGUAUUUACCUCACAUGGUUUAUAUUUUUUCACUCGUGCUUGGAGUAAUGUCUACCCUUAUAUAUACAAUGAAGAAAAAUAGAUAUGAAUGUAUAUAUUUCACCUUGCCUGAAAUAAAAAUGAUAUCUAUCAGCCUAUGCAUGCCUUUUCAAUAUACAAUUUACAUUGACAUAGUACAAUUUUGUUGAAAAAAAAACAGUUUUACUAUCAUAGAAACUAAAUGAACUCGGGGUUAUAUUCAUAGAACCAUAUGCUGCAUAAAGUGCCAUGAAAUAGUUUUGAGAAUUCAGCUUGUCAAUUUGAGAAUAUCUUUUGUAUUUUUCAUAGGAAAUGAUUGGUAGUCCUGCAUUUUUAAGGUGCGUAAAUUAUUUUUUAUUGCUAACUAUAAGAUGAAUCUCUAAGAGUAGAUAUUAUUUGAUCUGUAAGGAUUUGGAAUGGAUUAGAUGGCUUGGAUUAAGAUAAAUUACAACUCAUAUAAAGAGUUUGGAAUAUGAUUGAUAUUUGGUUAAAUGGGGAAGUAUGCAUUGUUUGUAUUGAUGCUGGCAUUAAAAAAAUAAUUCUUGCCCAUAAAUUGUGGAGUAUUGAAAUAAUGUAAAUCUUACUUCCUCAUCAUGAUUCAACUAGAAAAAUCCUUAAUGUAAAAAAAAAAGUAAAGGCAAUAAUCAUAAAUUGAAACUUUCUUUUGAUGAUAGCUGGUGUUUGGGAAAUAUUGAAUAUUUUAUCAUGCUGCUAAUUUGAGGCAUUGAGAAUUUGUUUUUCUUUCUCUUUUCAACUUGCUUACUGAAAUUGGAAUAUUAUUUGCAUUAACUUUUCUAGUAAAGAGUAAUAAUUGUCAAAUUUAAAUGUUAUAUUUAAAUAAUGGUAAUAAAAAAUCAUUCCAUUUA